CAACAUACAUAAUACAGUGCGUCUACAGAGGGCAGAAGUUGCGUCAGAUAACAGGAAUAGACCUCCGACAUUACCUACUGUUUGUAAACUAGCGGACAGUUAGUUUCAGAAAAUGUAUUUUUUAAGCCUCCUGGCGAACAAUGUCAUCGGUCUCUUGCUGGGUCUCAUAGUUCUGGUGUUAUUUUGGAAGAAUAUGGGGAAAAAAAGCAACACAGCAAGACUACCGCCGGGUCCGUCACCAGUCCCAAUCCUAGGAAAUAUUUUUCAGGUGGAUUUAAAACAACCGUACAAGUCCUACUCAAUGUUCAGUAAGAAGUAUGGCUCAGUCUUCACUGUGUGGCUUGGCCCCAGACCAGUGGUUGUGCUGUCUGGGUUUGAGACCCUUAAGGAAGCUCUUCUGAACCAGGGGGAAGAGUUCAGUGGCCGGGCUGGUUACCCGAUACUCCUUGAAGUCACCAAAGGAUUUGGGGUGCUGGCGAGCAGUGGUGGCCGUUGGAGGGAUCUACGGAGGUUCUCCAUCAUGACCCUGAAGAACUUCGGAAUGGGGCGGAGGAGUAUUGAAGAAAGGGUACAAGAGGAGGUCGGGUUUUUGAUCAAAGCCUUCAGUGAAUAUGGAGAUUCUGUCUUCAACCCUAACAACCUCUUGUGUAAUGCCGUAUCCAAUGUGAUCUGCUCCAUUGUCUUUGGGCAGAGGUUUGAAUACAAUGACCCACAGUUCAAGUUCCUCCAACAGGGCCUUGAUGGCUAUUUUAAUUUUCUCAGCAGCUCCAAAGGCCAGCUCUUCAAUGUGUUUCCCAAACUAGUGUGGUGCCUGCCUGGGCCUCACCACCACCUCUUUAAACACAUUGAGAGUAUUAGAGAGUACUUUAAACAGGAAGCUCAGCGUCGCAUGAAAAACCUCAACACCGACUCCCCUCAGGACUUCAUUGAAGCAUUUCUGGUUCGAAUGCUGGAGCAGGGAGACAAGCCUGGCAGUGAGUUCCACUUUGACAACCUAGUGAGUUCAAUUUGGAGCCUUUUCUCUGCAGGAACAGAAACCACCACCUCCACACUGAGGCAGGCUUUACUGCUAAUGAUGAAGUACCCUCACGUCCAAGAACGGGUUCAGAAGGAGAUUGAUCAGGUGGUGGGCUCCAUCAGAACCCCCUCGCUGCAGGACAGACAGAAUAUGCCCUACACUGAUGCCGUCAUUCAUGAGGUCCAGCGGUCUAUGGACCUCGCCCCUACUUCUGUUCCGCACAAAAUGAUGAGCGACACAGAAUUCAAGGGCUACUGCAUUCCUCAGGGUACAAUGGUAUUACCUCUACUGUCGUCUGUUCUGUCCGACCCAAAACUUUGGAAAAACCCUGAUGUGUUUGACCCAGAAAAUUUCCUGAAUGAGAAUGGGAGUUUCAAGAAGAAUGAUGGGUUCCUGGCAUUUGGACUAGGGAAACGAGCCUGCCUGGGGGAGGGACUGGCUCGGGUGGAGCUCUUCCUCUACUUCUCGACCCUCCUCCAACGGUUCACCUUCACAGCAACACAGCCCCCGGAAGAGCUCGACAUCAACCCUGCCUGCUGUAGCUUUGGACGAUUGCCACGCAUGUACACCUGCUACGCCAAACUCAGAGAAUAAGUUCAAUGCCCACAUCAUGGCCAUUCAUGUGACCUUUCUCCAUAGCCCAAUCCAUUUAUGUAUCUAUAAUAUAUAAUCUGUCAAGGGGUGGGAAAAACAGAAGAUAGUGGACAUUUUUCCAAAAAUUACACUUGUUCUGAACAGAACUGUGGUCACAUGAGCUACAUACUAGACAAUUAUUUUUAUGUAUUGUGUUAUUUUUAUGUUACUUAUGUAAGGAGCUGUGUGUUAAUCUCUGGGAAUGUACGUGUUUUUAUUCCUUGUGCUGUCAUUGGCCAGGAGAGAUUAUUGCAAAUGAGAUUAUUUGUCUUAGUGGAACUUUCCAGGGAGAAAAGGUUAAAUAAAAUACAGAAAUAAAAACAAAUAAUUUUG